UGCGUCCGUACGGCUUCGUUUCCUUUCCCCCUUCUGCAAGUCUGCGACAUCUUUAGGGCGAGGAGCAGCCAAAGCAAAAUCUACACAAGCCUUUUUUGUUGUUUGUUUUGUCGGUGUUCGUUUGGUUUACGUUCGUUUCAGAGCUUCGAUGUCGAACGUCACUAUAGGCCUAUAGCAAAAAUGAAACAAGCUGUGUUGUGUUUUUAAAAGCGCAUUUGUUUUAGCAACGUCAUUGUAGGCCUACGUCACUUUCGCUUUCGCUAUCUAAAUAUUUUUUAUUUAUUUAUAGAUUUAUUUUUUGGAUAAACUAGAGAAAAAUAAUGUUCGGAAUUUUCCCCACGCUGUGCAUUUUCCUGCUUGAUGUUUUCAGUGUUGGAUCAGAUGAAGUGUCAGUGUCAGUGAUUGAGGGAGAUUCAGUCACUCUAUACACUGGUGUUCAAACAAACCAACAAACCAGAAUUAGAUGGUAUUUUAAUGGCACUCGCAUCGCUCAAAUCAAUGGAGAUCAGAGUAAGACCUGUACAGAUGUUCAGUGUAAUGAAGAUACUGAGAGAUUCAGAGACAGACUGAAGCUGGAUCAUCACACUGGAUCUCUGACCAUCAUGAACAUCACAAACACACACUCUGGAGAAUAUCAGCUACACAUCAGCAACAACAGCAGCAGCAGCGACAGCAUUAAGAGCUUCAUUUUUUCCGUCUCUGAAAUUGCUGCCGAGAUGAAUGAAUUAAAAUCCAUGUCACCGAAGGAGAGGGAAUCCGUCACUUUAGAUCCUGCUGUAGUUAGAAAAUCGAAUGAUGGGAUGACGUGGUAUUUUAAUGACAUUGUCAUCGCUGAAAUCACUGGAGAUCAGAGUAAGAUCUGUACAGAUGAUCAGUGUAAAGAGAGAUUCAGAGACAGACUGAAACUGGAUCAUCAGACUGGAUCUCUGACCAUCACAAACACCAGAAACACACACUCUGGAGAAUAUAAACUACAGAUCAUCAGCAACAACAACAGCUUCAGUAUUAGGAGAAUCAAGAGGAGAAUCAGUGUUACUGUGACUGGUUUGGCUCUGUCUUCAGCUGCUAUAGCAGGAAUAAGUGUUGGUGCUCUGCUAUUUGUGACUGCGUCUGUGGCAUUGUGGCAUUGAAACAUACUGUUGUAUUAAUGCAUUACAGAAGAAGACAGUUCAGAACAUCACACAUUUAGGACAUUGUCAAAUAUUUAAGAAAACAUAACCACAUUAAAUUCCUUAAACAGAAUUUCAAUAUUUUUUUGUGUUCGUGUAACUGAAUCAUCAAUCCUCUUAAUUUUCCCUAACCUUUCCCUUCCGUGAAUCUGUUUUCUUUCAGAGGAGAAGUGUAAUAUAGUCAUGCAUCAGUCAGAAUGUAUUUUCAAGUUAAAGACUGCUCUUAAUGGGACAUCCCAACAGUGAAACCACGACAUAACAUUACUUAUUGUUUUGACAAUUUUAUUUACAGGGACAGUGAAGAGAUAAAAAUGUUAUAUAUAUUCUGUACAGUAGAUGUAGGCUGAGUAGAAUCCAUAAGCGGGUCUUUAUUAAGGAUCUGAGCAUAAAAUCCAAACAACAGUCACAAUUCUAGGUCAGGUCACAGGCAUAGGUCAAAGCACAUGUAAAACAAUCCAAAGGCAGACAACUCCAGAAAACAGCAAUCCAAAAGCGUGAGUCAGGAAGCAAAACAAUGGUCAUUACAGUAAAUCAAAACAGAAUAGUAGAAUGCUUAGUAAGGCAGAGAACUGGCAAUACUUCGCAAUAUGGCAGUGAUAGCACAUGGCUUAAAUACAGAGUAACAGGAAAUGACAAGACAGGAACUGAUUUGGCAGGAACAGGAAGUAACAGAGUUCAAUAUUCAGGUGAUGGCUCCCUCUGGUGGACUGGUGCCUGAUCAAACUUUACAUAUACUGAGUUUACAUAUAUAUAUAUAUAUACACACACACACACACACACACACACAAUAAGACCGAUAAACAGUGAAUCCGCCAAAAAAAAGUAAAAAAAAGUAACAUUCACCAGCAAUAGGUCAUCAAGUGUUUAUGCAGAGUUUUGUUAAAGCUGCUACAGUUAUUCAGACUUUAUCUGUUUCUUGUCAUUAUUAAUAUGAUGCAUAUUAAGGACAAUCUGUUUGACAUCAGUUUUGUCCCGUCUGUUUAGUUUACAUCCUCUAAAAACUGACUCUGACUGUGUUUACAAGAAAACCAAGAAAACCUCACAGAGACGGGCAUAGUGAUCAAGAAUUGUGUUUGACUGCACACACAUAUUGUACUGAGAGACAUGAGCACUUUAGACAAAUACAAUAGUGAACAUUUGAAGGCAGCUGUCAAUCAAACAACACUCAGGCACUGAAGCGACUCUUUUAUGUCUUUUUAUGUCUUAUUUGUUCAUUUGUGAUAUUUUAUGAGGUGCUGUUAAGAUGAUCUUACUGCCAGAG